UGCGGGCCCCUUGUGCUGGAUGCGGCUCAGAGCAGGAGCUGGGGGCUCCGCCAGCCAGGCCCUCUCAGUUCCCAGGUCAGCAGAUCCAUCUUGCUGAUGCUAUACUGUAAAUUUAUUUCACCUCGGAGAGUAAACAGAUAUAUUGAGCCCCAAGGGUUCAUGGGUAGCGUAUUUACAAAGGAGCCUCUCUGCCAGCCCGUGCCACCGCUGCUAAUGAGAGCGGUCAUUAAGUAAAUGAGACGCUGCCUUUCGCUGGCUUAGGAGCCCGCACACUGAGGGGAGAAGAUAUUUAAUUGAAACCCGCACACAGGCUUCCCCACAUGUGAUGCCUGGCAGGCAGCUGCCUGCCCCUCCUCCCGUCCACCCUGCACCCCCCAUGUAAAUUUCAUGAUUGCUUUCCGUGAUGUCAUUUUGAAAGAGGACAGACAAUAGCUGUGGGGAAAGAAAAUGAGUUCCGGGGUGAGCUGCUGAGCCAGAGGUGGACACACGGAGACAAGGCCAGCAACUGCAGGACCUCAAGGCUUCUGGACGGACACAGCAAGAUGAGCUUAGAGGACGAGGAGAUGCGCGCUCGCACCAGAUCCAAGGCCCUGAGAGCACCGCUGGAGCCCACAGGUGCCGAGCUCAGCUGCCCCACGCCGGGAUGCUCGGGCUCGGGGCACAUCCGUGGCAAGUACUCCAGGCACCGGAGUUUACAGAGCUGCCCUCUGGCCAAGAAGAGGAAGCUGGAGGGCCCCGAGGCCCAGCACCUGGUGUCCAAGCGGAAGUCACCCCCUCUGAAGCUGGCUCUGGACGAGGGCUACGGCGUGGACAGCGAUGGCAGCGAGGACGCUGAGGUGAAGGACGCCUCUGUUUCGGAGUCGGAAGGAGCUCUGGAGGAGGCCAAGGCCGAGAUGGCAGGACAGGAGGGGGCUCGGCGCCCCCCGCCCGCUGAAGGAAGGAGCCCCAUCCAGUCUCCGUUCAAUUCCAACCCCGUCGGCACCCCCACAGGCUCCUCCAAAGGCAGCUACAGCAGCUUCCAGGAAGCCAUCGCCACUUCCCUCCUAGACCUGGGCCACGUCACUGAGGAGCCCCUGGUCAGGGAGGGCUCCGGCCAGCAGGCCAAGCCGGGCCCCGGUGUCCUGCACCUGGCGCAGGAGGAAGCGGGAGGAGGUGCUGCCAGUGACAGAGGGGAGAAGGCGGUCUUUAUCCAGCCAGAGGACAUCGAGGAGGUCAUCGAGGUCACCAGUGAGUACACUCAGGGGCCCGGCCCUCAGUUCCUGGAGGGCGUGGCCAGUGAGGCGCUCCACCAGCAAACAGUCUCUGGGGACCAUGAAGAGAAAGAGGAGGAGGAAGCUGAAGAGGAGGAGGAAGAGGAAGAGGAGGAAGAAGAGGAGGAGGAGGAGGAGGAGGAGGAGACUGAGGACGAGGAAGACGAAGAGGACGAGGAGGAGAUUACUCCUGAUGUGACCUGCCGAGAGAGCGCCCCUUGUUCCCCCCCAGAACAGGCCCCUGAGCCCCACAGCCGCAAGCCUGAGUACUCUGUCCUGGUGGAGCUGAUGACGGCAUCUGAUGACGGCAGGGAUGAGGACUUGCGCUCCCAGAAGUCCGAGGUCACGGAUGAGUCCGAGAUGCACGACAUGAUGACACGGGGGAACCUGGGCCUCCUGGAGCAGGCCAUCGCCCUGAAAGCUGAGCAGGUGCGGGCUGCGUGCGAGCCCGGGGAGCUGGGCCUGGGCGAGCCGGUGAAGGUGGCCAGGCCCCCGGAUGCCACGCGGAAGACCUACUGCAGCAAAGAUUCCUCAAGAGCAGAGAAACGUGAGAUCAAGUGCCCAACCCCGGGCUGUGAUGGCACCGGGCACGUGACAGGGCUGUACCCGCACCACCGCAGCCUGUCAGGGUGCCCCCACAAGGACAGGAUCCCUCCAGAGAUCUUGGCCAUGCACGAGAACGUGCUCAAGUGCCCCACCCCCGGCUGCACAGGCCAGGGCCACGUGAACAGCAACCGCAACACGCACAGGAGUUUGUCUGGGUGUCCCAUUGCUGCUGCAGAAAAGUUAGCCAAAUCUCACGAGAAGCAACAGCCGCAGACAGGAGAUCCUUCCAAGACUGACUCCAGCUCAGAGCGGAUCCUCAGACCCAUGUGCUUCGUGAAGCAGCUCGAGGUCCCUCCGUAUGGAAGCUACCGGCCCAGUGUGGCCCCUUCCACGCCCAGGGCCAACCUGGCGAAGGAGCUGGAGAAGUUCUCCAAGGUCACCUUUGACUACGCAAGUUUUGAUGCUCAGGUUUUUGGCAAACGCAUGCUUGCCCCAAAGAUUCAGACCAGCGAAACCUCACCUAAAGCCUUUAAAUGCUUCGACUACGCCCACGACGCCGAGGCCGCGCACAUGGCCGCCACUGCCAUCCUGAACCUUUCCACACGCUGCUGGGAGAGGCCCGAGAACCUCAGCACGAAGCCACAGGAAGCGCCCAGCAAGGCAGUGGCCAUCGAGGUGGAUGAGCAUGGGACCCUGGACCUGAGUAUGCGCAGGCACCGCAGGCGGGAGGGCAUGUUCCCCGGCAGUGGCGGCCCCGAGCCCGGGGUGAAGGCUCCCGAGGCCUCCCAGCGCCAAAGCAGCACCAGUGCCCCUGGAAGCUCCAUGACGCCCCAGUCCAGCCAGGCCUCCCACCAGGAUGAAUGGGACCGGCCUCUGGACUACACCAAGCCCAGCCGCCAGCGAGAGGAGGAGCCCGAGGAGUCAGAGCCAGCAGCCCAUUCUUUUGCUUCUUCUGAAGCAGAUGACCAGGAAGUGUCCGAAGAGAAUCUUGAGGAGCGGAAGUACCCCGGGGAUGUCACCCUGACCAACUUUAAGCUGAAGUUUCUCUCCAAGGACAUCAAGAAGGAGCUGCUCACCUGUCCCACCCCGGGCUGUGACGGCAGUGGCCACAUCACCGGGAACUAUGCCUCCCACCGCAGCCUCUCUGGUUGCCCUCUUGCUGACAAGAGCCUCAGAAACCUCAUGGCUGCCCAUUCUGCUGACCUCAAGUGCCCCACGCCCGGCUGCGAUGGCUCUGGCCACAUCACGGGGAACUACGCUUCGCACCGCAGCUUGUCCGGCUGCCCUCGUGCCAAGAAGAGCGGCACCAAGGUGACGCCGACCAAGGACGACAAGGAGGACCCCGAGCUGAUGAAGUGUCCAGUUCCAGGCUGUGUGGGGCUUGGCCAUGUCAGCGGGACCCGCUCCCUCUGUGCCCGGGGGGGGCUCCUCACCCACCGGAGCUUGUCCGGCUGUCCCAGAGCAACCUUUGCUGGAAAGAAGGGAAAACUCUCAGGGGAUGAUGUUCUUAGCACAAAGUUUAAGACGAGUGAUGUGCUGGAGAACGAUGAGGAGAUCAAGCAGCUGAACCAGGAGAUUCGAGACCUGAACGAGUCCAACUCAGAGAUGGAGGCCUCCAUGGUGCAGCUGCAGUCUCAGAUCUCCUCCAUGGAGAAGAGCCUGCGGACCAUCGAGCAGGAGAACAAGGUCAUCGAGGAGCAGAACGAAGCCCUGUUUCUGGAGCUGUCGGGCCUGAGCCAGGCCCUCAUCCAAAGUCUUGCCAACAUCCGCCUUCCACACAUGGAGCCAAUAUGUGAACAGAAUUUCGACGCCUACGUGAGCACCCUCACCGACAUGUGCUCCAGCCGGGAGAGCUACCAGAACCCCGAGCACAGGGCCCUCCUGGAGAGCAUCAAGCAGGCCGUGAGGGGCAUCCAGGUCUAGGCCCCCAGCUGGGCUCCGUGCUACCUCCCCCACACUGCCCUCCCGGAGGUUCCCAAGUCACAGUGACUUCUGGGCGGAGCCCGCCUCGCGGGUGAUCAGAGGGGUGCCUGGAGGGCGGGCUCCCUCCGAUGCCGGUCAGGCCGAGGCCGCAGCCUCCCUGAGCGAGGGCAGAGUGUGAAGUAUUACAAAGGGAUUUAUUUUUGUUUUCUGAAAAUAAUCUGAAGAACAGCUCGAGGUCUCCAGUGGUUCUCAGGGAAGUUUUGGAGUUUGCAACCACGGUGUUCCCGUGUCUGUGGCGCUGGGGUGGCCAUGGCCUGAGCCGGGGCCCAGCCGGCGCGGCGGCUCUGCGAGGCCAGCGCGGCGAGUGUGUUUUCUGUUUCAGUUAAUUCAGUUUUGUGUUAAGAAUGGAACAAAGCACCGCUCCAGAGGGCAAGGUAGGAGCAGGCCUGCAGCCCACCGUCCGCUCCAGGUGUCUGACCGGGGUGCCCCUGACCGGCCGCUGGCUCACCCAGAAAGCAUCUUGCGCCACAGCUCCCUCGUGGGCCGCAGCCCUGCACGGGGCUGACUCAGGGCUGGGUGACAGCGUCUGUGAGGUCAGGGGACACAUUCUAAUCGGAGACACCAAGGUUUCACUCCUUGUUAGAUCUAUUCAAGAUGUGAAAAAAGGUAAAUUUUAAUCGAAUGUGUUAAAAACACAAUGUUCCUACGUGUAAAUAGAGUCCAAAUCAGUUGUGACUGCAAUUCCAAGUUAGUAUUUACAAGUAGAGAAAUUGCUCUUUCUGGAAGAAAUUAAAAAAGUAGUUAGUUUAAUUAUUCUGUAAAUUAUUUAAUUUUGUCAAGAUGUAAGUAUUUAUAUUCACAACCUCUUUUAUGUUAACGUUUGCUAUUUAUUUGACAUUUUUUAUUUAUUAAUUUUGUACUGUUUGAAGUAGUCCCCCCCACAUACCAGGAUACCAUGAGAGAGAAAUAAAUCAAAGUGAAAUUAACGAUUUGACUAUGAGGUAGGCCACACAUACAAAAAAUCUUGCUAUAAUCUAGUUAUAAUUUUGAUGCAAUCAAGUUAUUUUUAAUAUAUUUUGUUAUUUAUUCUUUUAAUAAUAGAAUUUUUAAAGUAUUUUGUAACUGAGGAAGUUCGAUGCUUUGGGGAAUGACCCCCCUUGUCCAAUGGAGGGAAAGGCUUGGUUCUCUUUAUCCCUUUCGGUUCCUUUUGUUUCAGGCCCCGCAGCAGCUCUGUGUUUGUGGUUGAUGUGUGUGUAGCGCAGCUGUGUGUCGUGCGGCGUCCAUGUGCAGAUCGUGAUGGCGAGUCCUGUCACUAGGGGUGCUGGCCGCGGCGCUGAGCAGUCGCCUGCCCACUGGCCCAGCUCCUCUGAGCUCAUACUGUGACCCUCCUUCCUCAGGAAAUGUGUGGAACCACAGCACAGUGCUCUUGGUGUGCUGGCGGCUGCUUUCCUAAUAAAAGCCCCUCUGACUGUGA